AUGGCGGAACUCUGUAAUCAAAGUUCCAUUUUGAAGUCCUGUGCAAUUUCACACCUAAAUCUCUGGAAUGGCAGCUUUCAGACACCUCUCUUUUCAUGGAAAGAUGAUGCAUUGGGAUUGCUCCACGGUGAGACAGCCAUAGAUGGGGCUCCUAUCAUUAAAGAUGAUGCAAAUGAUUGUCUGUUCGAGGAAUGUGAAGAUGCGGAAGAGCAGGCAAUGUGCGUCCAGGCACUAGAGUUCAUCUGCUGUGCAAUCCUGCUGAUUCUCCAGCGACAGUGCAAAGAUCAGCUGCCAGGAGGGAAGUAUUGGAAGCCUACUGCUGAAACACAAGUCGAGUCUUCAAGUGUCUUAAGUACCAAUAUGCCCGCCCCAAAGAACCUUCCCAAACCCGACCCAAAGAACCUUCCCAAUUCUGACCCCAAGAACCUUCCCGAACCCGACCCAAAGAACCUUCCCAAACCAGAUCCAAAGAAACCUCCCAAACCCGACCCAAAGAACCUUCCCAAACCCGAGCCAAAGAACCUUCCCAAACCAGAUCCAAAGAAACCUCCCAAACCCGACCCAAAGAACCUUCCCAAACCCGAGCCAAAGAACCUUCCCAAACCAGAUCCAAAGAAACCUCCCAAACCCGACCCAAAGAACCUUCCCAAACCCAAGCCAAAGAACUGUCCCAAACCAGAUCCAAAGAAACCGUUCCAAACCCGACCCAAAGAACCUUCCCAAACCCAACCCAAAGAACCGUCCCAAACCCGACCCAAAGAACUGUCCCAAACCAGAUCCAAAGAAACCUCCCAAACCCGAGCCAAAGAACCUUCCCAAACCUGA